CGCUUCUGUUCGGUGCUAUCUAUCUAUCUAUCUAUCUCCUCCUCUCUUGGAUUCUCUCAGAUUCCAUGGAAGCUCCCAAAAGCUGAUUCGUGCAAUCAAUUCGUUCCUUCCAUCUCUCAGAUUCCGAUCCGUGCUUCUACAUUGGACCUGCCUGAUGGUAUGCAGCAGUCUCGUAAGGAGUCUCAUUGUUCAGGCUGGUCGUACUCGUAUUGGGGUGUUUGCUCAAGGAAGACAUCAGCUUAACCUUACUAAUAAGACGUUGAGUGUUGGUUUCGGGUUUAGAACCACUGCAGCAAAGAUGAUGAUGGUUGAUUCUUCUACCGGAGAGAAACGAGUUGAGAUGUUUGAUAUCCCGAAGGAGAAAGUUGAUGACGGCGGGUACAUUGGUGGUGGCUGGAAAAAUGAUGAUGGAAGCAUGAGCUGUGGGUACUGUAGUUUCAGAGGGAAAAGGUCUACCAUGGAAGACUUCUACGAUGUCAAAGCCUUUAAGAUGGAAGGCCAAACAGUUUGCAUGUUUGGAAUAUUUGAUGGUCAUGGUGGUUCACGUGCUGCUGAGUACCUGAAGAAACACCUCUUUAGCAAUCUUAUGACUCAUCCACAAUUUCUGACAGACACCAAGCUGGCACUAAGUGAGACAUACAAACAAACUGAUGUAGCAUUCCUUGAGUCGGAAAAGGAUACUUACAGAGAUGAUGGCUCCACAGCAUCUGCUGCUGUCUUGGUGGGGAACCAUUUAUAUGUUGCAAAUGUUGGAGACUCACGAACGAUAGUUUCUAAAGCUGGGAAAGCGAUCGCACUAUCAGAUGACCAUAAGCCAAACAGAAGCGAUGAAAGAAAGCGAAUUGAAAGCGCUGGUGGUGUUAUCAUGUGGGCAGGAACAUGGAGGGUAGGUGGAGUCCUGGCAAUGUCCCGGGCCUUUGGAAACAGAAUGCUGAAGCAAUUCGUUAUUGCUGAACCCGAGAUUCAAGAUCUAGAGAUUGAUCACGAGGCCGAGUUUCUUGUUCUCGCAAGCGACGGUUUAUGGGAUGUGGUACCAAAUGAGGAUGCGGUAUCCCUUACUCAGAGUGAGGAGGAGCCUGUGACAGCUGCCCGCAAGUUAACCGACACUGCCUUCGCUCGUGGCAGCGCAGACAACAUCACUUGCAUUGUUGUUAAAUUCCGUCAUGAUAAGACCGAAUCCCAACCAAACCCCGAGGCUGAAGCAGAACCUGAACCCCCCGAAGAUGAAAUCCAAACCGAAUCAUCAAACCCCAGUGAUGAAAUGGAAACCGAAUCAAUCCCCAAAGCUGAAGCGGAACCGGUUCCUGAGGCUAUACCGGAACCAAAACAGGAAACCGAACCAAAGACCAAGGGUGAGAAAGCUGGUGAGUAAUGGUCAGCCAGGGAAGAAAAAAAGAUGCUGUUGGGGUCGAAACUGAGGCAUGUGCAGAGAGACAGAUAAAUAUUAAAAUUGAUUUAGUAGUUUGUGUGCUUUGUGGCUACCUGUAACGUGUGAGGAUUUUAAUUAUUUUGGUUUUGUGUUGCAUAUUGCACAUGCCUGUCUGCCUUAAGGACGGCUACGCCUUGACCUGUCCUCGGAUUUUUGUCUAUUCAUUUUGGUCUAUUCUGUUUGGUUGUGCUUUCUCACACCAAAAAAAAAAGAACACACCGUUUGUUCUGU